GUGUGCUAUUGUUGUUAAUAACUACCACACUGACAUUGUAGUUAACGAUUACAGCAACCGUGUCUUUAUAAUAAUUAGUCAAUACAAAAAACUUGGGUCUUUGGUAACUGUCAGCAAGGAAACAGUUGCUCGCGACUUUGGUAAUGAUGUCUUCAACACCAAAGUGAUUUUUGGUAAAGAUGAGCCUGAAAUUCAUGCAGCAGCUAGGUUUGUUGCAGAACAGCUGAAGUGCGAUAAACCACUGCUAAUUUCUGUAUGUCUAAAAGAUUUUGAACCAUCCUGUUUGAGAACUGUAAUCAAGGCAAUUAAGAAAGUUGCACCGGAAAUUGUUCUGAAACAAUGAGUGUAAUUUUUGGACAACUGGUUAUUGGGCCACCUGGUAGUGGCAAAACAACGUACUGCAAUGUGAUGGGAAAGUUUCUUGAGAGCUUGGGCAGAAAAGUUGCCAUUGUGAAUAUUGACCCAGCCAAUGAGAACAUGGCUUACAAACCAACAGUAGAUAUUUCCAAUUUAGUGAAACACGAAGAAGUUAUGAAAAAUUACAAACUUGGACCAAAUGGAGCGUUGGUUUAUUGCAUAGAAUUCUUAGAAAAAAAUAUUGAUUGGCUCUCAAAACAAAUUCUCAGCUUGAAAGAUCAUUACUUGUUGAUUGAUUGCCCUGGUCAGGUGGAGCUUUACACUCAUCAUGAGUCGAUAAAUAAAAUUGCUGAGAAAUUAGGAGAAAAUUUAGUUAGACUUUGUUGUGUUAAUUUAAUGGACUCCCAUCAUUGUAGUGAUCCAGGAAAAUAUCUUUCUUCUCUAAUGCUGUGUACGCUAACCAUGUUACAACUGGGCUUACCUCACGUUAAUGUGAUGACAAAAUUGGAUGAAAUGAAACGUUUCAGUGAUAAACUAGAUUUCAAUAUUAACUUUUAUACAGAUGUGUUGGACUUGAAUUACCUCCUCGAAAGGUUAAAUGAAGAUAAUAUUGUACCACAGUAUAAAAAACUAAAUGAAGCCAUGGUUUCCCUUAUAGAAGAUUAUAGUCUUGUGAGUUUCAUACCACUUGAUAUUUCUAACAAAGCACUGUUGCUUAACGUUAAAAAUGCAAUUGACAAAGCUAAUGGCUAUAUUUUUGGUGGCAAUGAACCAAAAGAUGUACAGACUCUCCUAGCUUGUGCAGUUGGAGCUGUUAGUGAAACACAGAGAACAGCAAGUCUCGAUUCAUACAUGUGAUACAAAUAUUUCAUAAUAAAAAUAAAUUUUUUAAAA